AUGACCAAAGAUGCCGAAGUUGAAGAGUUUUUAAAGCGGGUUGAGGAUCUUGACGGGAAGAUCAAUAAACCUCCAAUUGUGAAGAAGAAACCGCAGCAUUUGAGUACCACCCCAAUAGAAAACGAUGAUACACUUGAUGGUAAUUUAGUUUAUAAAUCGGCGUUUAAUUAUGAGAAGAGUUUUGGUUCGAAGAAGCCAGUUGGAGUAAUUGGAUUGGAUAAAGAAGACGAUAGGAAAUUUCUUGUCUCAGAAGAAGACUAUAAAUUAUUGCAGAAAAUCAAAAUGGAACAGCAACAACAGCAUCUAUCCGAGAGACAUCAUCGCCAUAUUGAGCCGGUUCGCCAUAUCAUCCCCGAUAGGCACUCUAAACCUAUAUUUCACAAUGAACCAGUAAUAGUAAGAGAAGAGAGUGAAGAUGAAGCUCCACCAUUGCCUUCCAGGAAUCGUGCUAGCUCUGAGAAUGUUGUAAAGAGUACAACAUCUGCUCCUCCGUUACUACCUAGAAGAAGGUAUAAGGACGAUAUAACGGCAAAAAAACUUGAUGUGGUUUCAGAUAAUGUGAAUAGUUCAAACAAGAUCAAAGAAAUGUCAUCAAUAUCAGAUAAAAAUAAAUCAAAACCUCCAUUACCAGAAAAGAAGACAUUUUUGAAAUCACUUGAAGAUAACAAACUAACUACCAGUAAUUAUAAAGAUCAAGACAAAGGACCUGAACUAAAACCAACAAGGAAUGUCGAUUUCUUGGAAUCAGUCCAACUGAAAUCACCGCCUCAAUCGCCAUCGAAGAUGAAAACUAUAGAGGAAAAGCAUUUUAAAUUGAAUUCGCCCAAAAAAGACGGUUUUAUAGUUUCGGUAUUGAGCUCAGAAGAGAACUCCAGAUCCUCCUUGAGUGAAAAACCGAGUAAUGAAGGCAAUUACCAUUUGUCUGGAGGACUCACAACAAAAGCUGAAAAGAAAAAGCCUGUAGUUCCGCCAAAGAAGGAUAUAAAAUUGAAGGAUAUCGAGUUAGAAAAGGUCGACAAGACAGGAAAAGGGGGGGAUGGUAAACAAAUUGAGCCAGAGUUUCAAAAGAUAGUCCUAAACAAAAGAACUCCACCGCCUGUAUCUAAGCGUAAGCCAUCUAUUCCGGAAGCCUUAUUGAAAGCUCAAAAUUUAUCCAAGAACACUGAGAAUAAGAAAUCUGUUGCCCAAAGCAAGGAGUCAAUUGACAUGCUUCCUAAACUGAAUAAAAAAGGACCCCCAGUUCCUCAACGGAAAGUCUCUAUGCCUGAAGCACUUAAGAAGCUGGAAUCUAUGAAGAAUAAAAACUCCACGACAGAAAAUGUACAAAAGGACAAUGGUGAGGAAUCUGAGAUUUCAGACUCAGAGCCGGAGAGCAUUAACAAUAAGUUGGAAUCCGUUCUCAAACGAGCUAAUACAUCAGGCCAAAUUGGGAGCAAGCAUAUUGGUCAUUUACCACCUAGAGCUGCAACAACUGGAGACUUGUUAAGUAAAAAAGAACCGCAUACUACACAAUCUCUAAGUCAUCCAAAUAAAUCACGCAGUCGUGGUCCAAAAAGAAAGCUGCCUACCAAAAUAUAG